ACCCGGGAGUCGUUCCCCGACGGGCAGCGGGGCGCUCGGCCGCCGCGUCUGGGCUGAGCGCGGCGACGCUGCUGCCCCGAAAUCCUCCUGGAUCUUGAGGCGUAUGGAACCUCAAGGUCUUUAUGACAAUGGAAACCAAAAAAUUGAUUGGUAAAUCGCUUCAACCAGCAAGACCUGUUCGUCAUCUGACUUCUCCCCCAGGAACAGUGUUCCCUUUCAACUUUCAAAAUGAAUAUCCAUGCAACACUCAGUGCUUACAAAGUGGAGUUAGCAGAUGUAAGACAAAUGGAAUGCAAACCUUUUCUCAAGGUCUUAAUGAACAACAGCAACAUCAGUCUCCAGUUAAAAAAGAGAGAAUUAAAUACAGCAGAGAUUUCUUGUUGAAGCUCUCAAGUGUUUCCAUCUGUAGGAAAAAACCAGACUUUCUGCCUGAUCAUCCCAUUGUACUUCAAAAGCCAGAAAACAACCAAAGUUUUAAGUAGCAUUUUAAGAACAGAUGAAUUUGAAGACAAAGAAUUAUUUGUUUUAUAUUUUGGACAUCUGCAAAUGAAGUGGAUCUAUAACAAUAACUGUAAAGGACUGUGACAAUUCAAUUUAUUUUUAAUUUUGAUGGUUGGCUAUUUGGUUUCUCCUAAAAUGAGAAAGAGAUAUUUUAAACUAUAAAGAAUUUUCUAAUCAGUUUCAGGUUUGCAGGCAGUUUCCUGCAUAAAUUGGGAAAUAACACUGGAAAGUAGAAAUUCAGUUAGUGAAGUGGGAAGGCUCUGUAAUAAUUUGCAUGCUACUUGCAAGUUUUUGCUUUUCAGCACUUGUAAUAAUGGAAUGGAAAUGUAAGCUGUAAAGAUUCUCAAAUAUAAAGUAUUUGCUACAAUGU